CAUUUGCGGAAUUCACUGAAGCUGAUGAAGCAAUGGCAGAAUUAGCAAUUGCAGACAAUGUUUUUCUAUUCCUCACUGAAUCUGUAGUGAGAGCAGAGAACUUUUAUCAGGAAGAAUUUUACAUCCGUAGAAUCCACAACCUUAUCACAGAUUUCCUUACCCUGAUGCCAAUGAAAGUGAAACAACUGAGAAACCGUGCUGAUGAAGAUGCCCGUAUGAUUCAUAUGAGUAUACAGAUGGGUAAUGAACCACCUUUAUCUGUUAGAAGAGAUUUAGAACAUCUGAUGCUUUUAAUUGCUGAGUUAUACAAGAAAGAUCCCUUUAAUCUGGAAUUUGCUCUGGAAUAUUGGUGUCCUUCAGACUCUCUGCAGAGCUCCACUAUCAUAGGAUCAUAUCUUGGUAUAGCCCAUCAAAGACCACCUCAGCGUCAGGUUGUUUUAUCAAAAUUCGUUAGACAAAUGGGAGACCUGCUUCCUUCCACAAUUUAUAUUCCUUAUCUAAAAAUGCUCCAGGGAUUGGCCAAUGGACCCCGGUGUUCUCAUUACUGCUUUACUUUGCUAAAGGGUAAUGGUAGUACUCAUGCUGAAAACAUCCAAGGAGCAGGUGGAAGUCCUGUCUCUUGGGAGCAUUUCUUCCACUCCUUGAUGCUGUACCAUGAACAUUUACGUAAAGAUUUGCCAAGUGCAGAGAGCACUCAGUAUCGUCAUCUUCCUCUCAGAGGCAUCACACAGAAGGAACAGGAUGGAUUAAUUGCUUUUCUGCAGCUUACUACGACUAUUGUGAAAUGGAGUGAAAAUGCACGAUUGGCUCUCUGUGAACAUCCUCAGUGGACACCAGUAGUUAUUAUUCUGGGACUUCUGCAAUGCAGUAUACAUCCAAUUUUGAAAGCAGAAUUAUUAGAAACUCUCUCAGCCUUUGGGAAAUCUCCAGAAAUUGCUGCUUCACUAUGGCAGUCAUUGGAAUACACACAGAUAUUGCAGACUGUAAGAACUCCAGGCCAAAGACAAGCCAUUGGUAUUGAGGUUGAAUUGAAUGAAGUAGAAUCCCGGUGUGAGGAAUAUCCUUUAACGCGUGCCUUCUGCCAGCUCAUCAGUACCCUGGUAGAGAGUUCAUUUCCUUCUAACCUGGGUGCUGGCCUGCGCCCACCAGGAUUUGAGCCUUACCUUCAUUUUCUGAGAGAAUCUAUAUUUCUUCGAUUUCGGACCAGGGCCUACCGGAGAGCUGCUGAAAAGUGGGAAGUAGCUGAAGUAGUUCUGGAGGUCUUUUAUAAAUUGCUGAGUGACUAUGAACCCCAGCUUGAAGAUUUUGUGGACCAAUAUGUAGACUUGCAAGGAGAGGAAGUAAUAGCUUAUAAACCACCUGGGUUUAACCUGAUGUAUCAUCUGUUGAAUGAAUCACCAAUGUUGGAAUUGUGUCUUAGCUUGUUGGAAGAAGGAGUUAAACAACUAGAUACCUAUGCACCUUUCCCUGGAAAAAAGCAUUUGGAGAAGGCUGUACAGUAUUGUCUUGGGCUGCUCAAUCUAACUUUACAGAAAGAGAACCUUUUCAUGGACUUCUUAAGAGAAAGCCAUCUCUCUCUCAUUGUUACCUCACUAGAACAGCUGCUGCAAGGAAUCAACCCUCGGACUAAAAAAGCUGAUCAUGUAGUAAAUAUUGCCAGGUACCUUUAUCAUAGUAAUACCAAUCCUGAACUGGCUUUUGAAAGUUCCAAGAUCCUUUGUUGCAUUUCUUGCAAUUCUAACAUUCAGGUCAAACUGAUUGGAGACUUCACGCAAGACCAG